GUUACAUUUUUGAUGGAUGAUUGCCUGAUUGGUAGUGGAAAAAAAAUACUUGAACGACUAUUUUAUACUCUGAAAUACAGAGUAUUUGUAGAAGAAACUGAGAUUCUGUACUGACUGCAGAUUGGCUUAUCAAGCAGAUUACAGAUGCGCCGUAUACACACAACAGCAUAGGGAAUAUGAGUUUGUGGGUUUAAUGAUUCCAUUUCUGGCCGCGUUUGGGAACGACGAAUCCAUCAACUACGCACAACUCCAGUUUCAGCUACGUAUCCAUCAAUUUUUCCUUUUUUUCUGUUGGUUUAUUGUUUAGUGAUAGAAGAUUCGUAAUAUGCAGUACAAGUGUUUGAUAAAAUGUCUGUGGGAAAAAAAAACAAGGUGGUAGGUUUUUCUUGAAUUAGUAGCGUACUGGAUACUUAUGGUUGGUUCAUUCUUUUCUUCUUUUCCCCCCUUUUUAGUUAUAGCUUUAUCAUACACCAUUGUUUCUGGUGGGUAAAGAUGAAGGUUGAAAAGCUUAAUUCUUGAAUUUCUUUUUUCAAAGUCAAUCAAUUUGUUGAUAAAUAGAAGAAUCACGGUACUGAGUAUGUGAAAGUUAUGUCCUGUUUGAGGAUUAACAAUCUAGCUUGGUUAAGAACAUGUUUGCCCCUUUGACUCUAAAUGAAAACUAUGUGAUUAAUCAAUCAGUUGUGUUCUAUAGUAGAUAUAUUGUUUCUGUUUGAGAGAAUGGAAGUUUUCCUUUUUCAUUCAUAUAUUAUUUCUGUUCUUUGAGAGAAUGAAAGUUGUAUCUUUACGUUUGUUUGAAGUUGGAAGAAGCCAGUCUCCAGGAAACACUGACAAUUGCAUACUUCCAUUAGCACUAGAUUCCUACCAUCUAGACUGGGAAAGUAUAAUUUAUGGAACAUGAAAUGAUAAAAACGUGUUUAGACUGGGUCUUUAUUUUCAACGUUUUCUUUGUUUAUAAUUUUCCAUAAAAUUUCUGCACCAUUAGUCAAUAGAGAAAAAAAGAGUUAGUAAUAGGUUUGAUGCUGAUCAUAAUCUUCAGAGUUGAAUACUUGUCAUGUCACAUGUGGAGUGAGACGCCCUCCUCAGUAAGAAAAAUACAAGAUGGUGGCUUUUAAAAAUUGACCUGAUUACUCUCUUCUUCUUUGGUUUUCUCCGUUCUUAGCUCAAAGAUUCUCUCUCAGGGUUAUGAACAUGGAGGAGCAAUACUACUAUUAUACUGCAAUUCUACUGUCUUUUUUCCUCAUCAUAUUGUCAAAAUUAUUUUCCCAUAAAAAGAAAAAUUUACCACCAAGUCCACUUGCGUUACCAAUUGUUGGCCACUUUCAUCUUAUCAAAAACUCACUCAAUCAAACACUUGUCUCACUAUCAGCUAAGUAUGGUCCAGUUCUUUAUCUCCGGUUUGGUUGCCAGUCCUUUCUUGUCAUAUCUUCGCCUUCUGCAGUUGAAGAAUGCCUCACCAAGAACGAUAUUGUAUUUGCAAGCCGGCCUCAGGUCAUGGCUGGAGACAUGUUCAGCUUCAACUAUUCUAGUAUCGUGUGGGCACCAUAUGGCCAGGUUUGGAGGCUUCUGCGCCGUUUUGCUGCUAUUGAGCUAUUUUCCACAAUUAACCUGCAAAGUUCUUCCAUCAUCCGAGAAGAAGAGGUUCGAAUUCUUAUCCGCUCGUUGUUCAGAGUCUCCAAGAGCGGAAGCUCAAUAGUGGAUGUGAAAAAUUGGGUGUCUAUUUUUGCUUACAAUACUAUAAUGAGACUUGUGAGUGGUGAAAGGCUUGUGAAUGAAGAAGAUGCAGGGGGAACCAAGGGGAAGGAAAUCAUUAAAGAACUCAGAAAGAUUUUCUUCCCAGAUAUACCGUUCUUCAAUGUGUGUGACUUCUUCCCAGUGUUGAGGUGGUUUGGUUACAAAGGGAUUCAGAAAAAGAUGGUGUUACUGCAGAAGGAGAGGAUCAAAUUCUCGAGUGGCUUAUUAGAUGAAUUUCAACAGAAGGAAAUCUAUUCUUCCGAUCCGAGUAUUAUUCAGGUGAAUAACAGGAAGAAGGCAACACCAAUCAUGCAAACUCUACUUUCUCUCCAAAAAUUGGAGCCUGAAUUCUAUACAGACGAUAUUAUCAAAAGCUUUCUACUGGUGAUGUUUAUUGCAGGGACAGAGACAACAGUAGCGACUAUCGGAUGCGCAAUGACACUUCUCUUGGCUCACCCGGAGGUAAUGCACAAACUCAGAUCCGAGAUUGACAGCAAGGUAGGACACACAAGGUUGGUAAAUGAGUCCGAUCUUCCCACACUUCCCUAUUUGCGUUGUGUUGUGAACGAGACACUAAGGUUCAACCCUCCUGUACCACUUCUGUUACCUCACUAUUCAUCUGAAGACUCUGUAGUUGGGGGCUACGACAUUCCCAAAAACACGACCUUAAUGAUCAAUGUUCGCGCUGUGCAUCAAGAUCCCAAGGCAUGGGAAGAGCCGGAGAAGUUCAAGCCAGAGAGAUUUGAAACAAUGGAAGGUGAAAAAGAUGGAUUCGGCUACAAAUUUGUUCCAUUUGGACUGGGGAGAAGAGCUUGCCCGGGAAACAACAUGGGGUUGAGAGCAAUUUCACUGGCAUUGGGUGCAAUUGUCCAGGUUUUCGACUGGGAAAACGUUGGAAAGGACAAAAUGGACGUUGGCUCCUUGGAACCGGUCUGCACUCCACGCCAAGAUUGCAUCCCACUUCUCUCCCAGCUCUAAAACCUCGUUACAACUCAACUUUUUGAGUCAUCUUAUGUGUUAUAAAGUAAUGAAAUAAAUACCUCCCCAUCCUAUC